ACGCACCUUCCCGAAGGAAUAAAUCUACUAGUUCCGACACCCUGAAUAUCAUGGCAGGAGUAUAUAUACGAAAGAAAGCUAUCAAAGGCUAUUUCUCUACAAAAGGGAAGACAAAAGAGCGCACCCGUCAGAACGCUUGGAUGCCUUCAACGCCGGCGGAAUGGGCGCGGCGGGACGGUCAUCAGGCUGAGCUGAGCAUGGGUUCGUACCACGCCCGGCCUACGGUAUUCGCGCACCGGCAUCCAAGACCCUGGUCAUCGUCCGGGUUAAGGGACUUGACUGCGGUAGAGAUCACAGAUCAAGAUGUACGAACUAUAGAACAGAUCCUGUUCAAGUAUAGUCGUGACAGACCGUGGCCAACUUCGAUUACUUAG